AUGGCGGACAAAAAAGCAGUUUGCGUUUCCGUGAAUAUAUUUCUGCGAAAAGUUAUGGUUACAUCGUAAAAUUUGUUCCGGCUCAGGUACAUUCGGUAGAUUUCCAACCAGUUCUUCUCAAUGUUUAUGCUGGUCACUUUCGGGACAAUUCAAAACCAAAAUGGAAAGCGUGAUACUAGUUGUAGUGCUGGCUGUAUUCACACCAGGAAUUUCGGCUCAGUUUAAUGACUCUUAUUAUUUAAUAGAAGUUAAUCGUGAAACCAUCCAGUGUAAAAUGUGUCCGCCUGGUGCUUACUGGAUUCAACAUUGUAGUAAAGACGGUGGCCAGGCAAUAUGUAUGGACUGUCCUUAUGACCGCUUUUCAGAGGACUACAAUCGAGCACUUUAUUGUAAAAGGUGUACUAAAUGUAAAGGAAAUGAUAAGGAAUCUGGUGAAGUCGUGGCGGAGGCAUGUACGCGAUUUCACGAUACGAAAUGUGAGUGUAAACUAGGGUACUGGAGAGAAGAAAGAAUAGUCGGAUAUUGCCGAGAAGUGUCGCCGUGUAAGCCCAGCUAUGGUGUGAAGAAGAUGGCGAACAGUCACAAUGAUACAACAUGCGAGAGAUGUGUUAAUGGGAAGACCUUCUCCAACAUCAGUUCCGAGGUGACGCCAUGUCAGAACUGUUCAGUUUGUCCUGAGGGAUGGGUGCAGAAAUUGUCAUGUCACGAAACUGAAGACACUGUGUGCAUUCCAAAAGACGAAGAAGAGGACGUCAAGGUUGGACUUUAUGUGGGAGUGACCGUUUGCAUACUUGCGAUAUCUGUGAUCAUCAUUGUGAUCUUCAUUUGUCGGAAAAAAACAACUAUGGAAAAUAUACGGCGUCGAGACAAACAUGAUGGAGAGGAACAAGCCAAUCCUUCACAGCGAUGUCCCGUUGAUUCCCCGUUGAUGUAUAGUUAGUAAAUACAUAUCCGGACAACAGUAGAUGAGCCCCCUUGACUUAUCGAGAGUACUGCGGACAUAUUGGUGUACGAACAAUGUCAUUUUGGUGCUAUCAAAAUUUCUAGUUCAUAUUUCACGAGGCGAAAGAAAGUGAUUAUAUUUAGUCCUCUAAACAUUAAUUAGCUGUCCGGACAGAAUUAUUUAGAAAUUAUUAGUGUUGAGCACGAAAUGCCGAUAUACUUUACAGCAUGUGUUUAAUAACUUCUAAUAUACCAAUUAUUGACUAAAUAACAAUUCGGUAGCUGUAAUCUGCGUGUUGAUUGUCGCUCUCAUUAGAGCUAUUCCAAAUGAUUAAAUGUGAAUAUGACCAGCGAUCCCUUGGCGGAGGAAUGAGUCUGACACUAAUCCUCGUUAUGAAACACACAUUGCGCUCCAGUUGCGUGGAUUUAUAAUGACUUACCAGAGAAGAGUUGGACUUUGUGCUGAAAGUCGCAAUUGUGAAAACUGUGUUGUGUAUAGCACUAUUUGGUGAUGAAGUUCGCAUUUGGGAAAUUUGUGUGUGUGUUUUUUUAUGUGAUAUCUAUAUGAGUGAAUAUUGACUGUAACACUAUAACACUGUGAUGUAGCAGAAUCAUAUUAGACAUUCAUGAAUCAUAAAUUAAGUUCAUCAUCUGAACAUAAUUGAUGUAAAUAUAAAUAUACAGUGAGUAUGCGAAAUUAAAACGAUAUCUUCAGUACCAGGAGGAAAAGUGAUUUAUGCGAAAACAAAUAAUCCACUUUUGGUCGUAUAUGUUUAUAUAUUAAAUAUUUUAUCAAUGAUAAAGAUUGUAUGAAACAUUAAAAAAUUUAACAUGUAAAAAUAUACGACAAAAAGUGGAUUAUUUGUUUAUUAUGUGUAUCAUAGAGUACAAGAACACAUUUGUUUUUAUAAUUCUCGGUCCAAGAGAUCACCUUAGGGACCGAAUCGCUCGAAUCAGAUAGCUCGACUGGCCAAAAAUGCAGUCUAAAUACCAGGUAACUGUGAAUAAGCACACAAGUUAGCGGAUAAUGUGUUACCUUGUUUGAUGAAUUCACGUUGCGAAAGUUACUGAUAGAUUUAUGCCACCAUGAUGAUUAAUGUUUAUUAUACUUACACAGAACGAUAGAUUCGAAUUAUUUACUUUUCUUACCUAAAAAAACAACAGCGAUUGCUUUAUUAAAAUCAUUAUAAGAAAUAAAUUUACGUCAAUUAUUCGAAUGAGAUAAGAAAUCGAGAGUAAAAACUCAUAUAUCAGUUUUCUUAAUUCGAAGCUGCACGUUAGGACAACGUUUGUUUAGUUUACGGAAAGUCUUAAGCACAACGUUUAGAUAAAGUUGUCUCUUCACUAAACUUUCAUUAUUUUAAUACUUGCAAAUCAUUUUGCUUGCCUUAAAAUAUUUAUUCCAUUACACAUAAUGUGUGUGAUUGUUUAAUGAUAAUUAGUUGAAAUUAGUUACAAAAUUUUAAGAUUAGUACAUGCAGUUUAUCUCAAUUCUUUAACUUUUAAAGUUGGUAAACUAAUUGUACGUUUUUGUUGAUUGAUGUGCUUGAUAUGUUUUCUUGUAUAUCGAUGUGCGUUGUUGUUAUUUUUCUUUCAGGACUUAAUAAUUGUAAGAGUGGAUUUCGUAACGCUUCCAUCUGUGAUAUCUAGUUAGCUUUGUAUUUUACGCCAGCUAGUAAUCACAUUUGUUGUGAUAGCGUAUGAAUUGUUUUCUUUCUGUUUUUAAAUAUUGAAAUGGGACAUCUUGCAAUGUAUAUUUACAAUUUGUAUAUGACACUGUCAACCACUUAUAGCGAGAUUUAAUUGACUUUUGAAUCAUUGUGCAAUAUUUUUAUACAUUUGAAGGCAACUAGUUUGUAAGGUUGUAGCUAUUGAUAUUUAACUAAACGCUGUUGGGAAAGUUUAUUUUAUUUGCUUAAUAACAUGAUGCAUUUUUAUUUUUUGUUGAAUAUUUCAUUUGUAAUAAAUCCCACAGCCCAUGA